CGCGUGAAAUGGUGCAGGAGAUUCUGCGAGAGCGGGAUCAUCCCGGCUUCGACAGAAAUGAGUACGGCUCUCAAAUAGGUGGAGGAAUGGAGGUGCCUGUUCCGCGUCACUCUGUGGGCGUCGUGAUUGGCCGAAGCGGAGAGAUGAUCAAGAAGAUUCAGAACGAUGCUGGCGUGAGGAUACAGUUUAAACCAGAUGACGGUAGCGGUCCAGAAAAGAUCGCUCACAUAGUGGGUCCUCCGGACCGCUGUGAACACGCCGCCAGUAUCAUCAACGAACUUCUGCAGAGCAUCCGAGUACGAGAGGAAGGAGGAGGG